AUGGGGGCAGCACCCCCAGGAACAGUUCAUUUCUCAGGAUCCUUUCAGCUGGGAAUGAGCCAGGCAGCAGAGCGCAGCCCCUCCUUCCCAGGGGGGGCUGGUGUGUCUGGAGCCUCUAAGCCAAAGAGUCUGUUGGCUGUGGUGGGUGGGCAUGCGGCCGGCCCGCCUGGACCAUCCUGGGGUGGGGGUGCGCCCCGCCUGGUGUCUGCACUAAUGUCGAUGGCGAGCGGGGGUGGGGGCGCCGGGGCUGGGUCCCCGAGGCCAGUGGGUGCGGGUCUGGGCUGCGGGGGGCGAUGCCUGUCUGUGUUUCCGUCCCACUGA